UUUUUUUUUCUUUUGGCACAUACUACUCUUGAUCAACUCUUAUAAUAAUAAUAAUGGCCAAAAAGAAAUCGUCGUCUUCUUCUCCUUCGGUUGCAGCGGCAACAACACCUAAAAUAGCAGACAACAGCAAUCCUGAUCUUCAAGAUUUCUACGGUUUCAAAGCUUUACCCGUAGUUGUAGCCAAGAACUGCCGCCAUUAUAUAUACAUUAAAAAGCAUGAAGUACGAACAGUGACGACGAUGCCGACCGAAGGCAACGAUCGAUCGUUAUUUGUCUUGAAUCUUCCAGUUGAUACCACUGACAGCCACCUCCACGGACUUUUCAAUGAAUACGGUCAAAUCGAACACAUUCAAUAUCCCGGCCAGCAACAGCAACAACAACAGAAAGAGUUAGCGGAUAGUAGUAGUAGUAAUAAGAAAAAGAAGAACCAACGCAAAAAGAACCUGCGACGAGAGCAAGAAGAAGAAGAAAAAACACCAGUGUUGCGACGGAUAUUGGAGAGUGGAUCGUCGGCCCAUGUUGUAUUUGCAUCACAAGACGACUUGGAUCGAGUAUUGGAUAUGCCGCAUCAAGAUAGAAAGUGGAAGGCAGAGACAAAGCAACAAACGUUGGGUUUCAAGCGAUAUGUACGACAGUACAACAUGGCACGACCCGAUCAUAAUAAGCUCCAGCAACAAGUGAAUGCAUUUAUGCUCAAGUUUACUGCUAGCGAGUAUGAAAAGGAACGCGAAGCGCAGGAGCGCAUGAACAAGAUGGACGAGGAUGGAUUCACAGUGGUUACGCGUGUCAGAAAGGGCAUAGCCUCGGCUGGUGCUACUACUGCUGCACCUGUGGAACCAGAAAAGAAGAAGGUCAUGGGUGAUCUUAGUGACUUUUAUCGAUUCCAAACACGCCAUAAGAAGCAAAAUGAACUGCAACAACUUCGAGAACGAUUCGAACAAGACAAACAGAAAAUUGCACUGCAGAAACAAGCGCGUCGAUUCAAACCUUAUUAGCAUAUUUCACAUCAUCAUCCAUCCCAUCCCAUCCAACAACGUCAUUAUCACUAAAGAAAGAAACCAUCACUACUGCUUUUGUUGAUAUUCAAGUCAAGACUUUUGUAAGCAUAAAAUUAUUGUUAACAGUGUUUUCAUGUACAAAUAGCAGAAUUUAUGUUUUGGAUAUGUACGAAUACAUGUAAACCAUACAAAAGAUCCGGGAUUAGAAAAGUCUUGGUGUCUAUUAGAUUUUUCCUAUUACUUCGCAUCCCCCGGCUUUCGCGGCUGCGGAGGAGGUAAUACGACCUGUAAUUUUUAUUCUUCGCGUCUCAUUAUUCGCAUUUUUGCGUUCUAGUUACUAUUUUUGACGAAUAAAAAAAUGUUGCUCCUCUAUACAAAAA